GAAGGAGCAAUUUAUGUUGGUAGCCCUGUAUCCAUGUGCAAUUGGGAACAUGGCGGCAUUACAAGUGAAAAAAGCCAAGAAAAAAUCUAGCAAAUCUGGAAAGAAGAAAAAAAACACUGAUAGUGAAGGCGAUAUUCUAAGGCUGGAAGAUGUUCUCGACCUUGGCGGAUCAAAAGAAGACUUUGAAAUGCUGAUGGGCCAGAAAGAAAAUGUUGUUGAAAACACUAAAAAUGAAACCAUUAAGAUAGAUGAACCACUUUCAGGCAAUGAGAUACAAGAAAUGGUAAAAUCUCUUGGUUUGGAUCAAAUGGCAAUGGAUGAUGUCACAAAUGAAAGUGAUGUCUCAGAAGAUUUGGCGAGUAGCAAAAAAGGCGAUGAUCCUCAAGUACCAAAAACACCACCAUUUCCAGAUGAUAAGAGAAAAGAAGAAGAAAGCUUUAAAAUUGAAAAGAUUACAUACAUCCCUAAAUUUGAAAAGCAAAAGAAGUUGCAAGUUCAACCAUAUGAACUGUGGUAUGACCAGCUUCCCAAUGUAGCAGCAAUAAAAACCGAAGAGCAGUUAAAAGAUGCAGCUUAUACCAAAGUGUAUGAAUUGGCAAAACGGUUUUGUGAAGAUGAAGUUGCACUUUACCAAGAAACAAAAGGUUUGGAAAAGUCUUCUGAUGCAAAAUGGUUGCGAACUGUCUUGUCUUCUGGUACUUUGAGUGAUCGGGUUGCUGCCAUAACUAUGCUUCUGCAGGACUCACCAGUUCAUCAGAUGAGGUGUCUUGAAAGCUUGAUUUCUAUGGCUAAGAAAAAGGGUAGACGCGAGGCAAUCAUGGCAAUUGAUUCUCUGAGAAAUCUUUGGACCACAAAUCUGUUACCAGAUCGAAAGCUGAGAUACUUUUGGCAGUGGCCCAUUUCAAGAUUACGAGAAUUUGGAAAAGAUAUUGGGAAACAUGGGGAAGUAAGGUUAUUGAUUCUAUGGUAUUAUGAGGAUUUGCUGAAACAAAAAUGUGAAGAGUUUGUCGAGUGUUUACAGAACCUCUCCCGUGACACAAUCCCCGGUAUUCGCGAUAAAACGGUUGGCAUCUUAUAUGAGUUACUUGCUAUGAAGCCUGAACAGGAACAGAAGCUUCUAACAGCAAUCAUUAACAAACUUGGUGACCCGACGCGAAAAGUUGCAUCAAGAGUCUGUUAUCUUCUCGGUCAAUUAGUCGUGAAACAUCCCAAUAUGAAGCUCAUUGUUAUCCAGGAGGUUGAAAGAUUGCUCUACCGGACCAAUUUAUCUUCCAAAGCCCAAUAUUAUGCAAUAUGCUUUCUGAAUCAAAUCAUGCUGACAAAGAGUGAAAGUGCAGUCGCCAGUAAACUCAUAUCCAUUUACUUCUCUUUUUUCAAGGCACGUGCUUCUUCAAGUGACGAAUCAGAUUCAAAGAUGCUUAGUGCAUUGCUUAGUGGAGUGAACAGAGCAUUCCCAUUUGUUGAAGACAAAGAAGAUCGCUAUGAUGAUCAAAUCGACACACUGUUCAAGCUUUGUCACACCAGCAAUUUUCAAACAAGCUUACAGGCCUUAAUGUUGAUAUUUCAAGUUAUGCAAUCGAGGCGAUCACUUACCGAUCGUUAUUAUCGCGUUUUAUACGAGAAGCUAUUUGACAUUGGCAUCAACACUUCAGCCAAACGGACGAUGUUUCUUAACACUAUUUACAAAUCAAUAAAAGCAGAUUCGUCACUGAAUAGAGUGAAGGCAUUUUUCAAAAGAUUGUUGCAAUCGGGAUCAACCGAAGAGCCGAACUUUGUCUGUGGCCUGCUUUUCCUUCUCUCCGAGGUGCUGAAGUUGAAGUCAGGAGUCAAAAGCCUCACUAUGCAGCCAGAGGAAGAUGACGAAGAUGAGCAUUUUGAAGAUGCCAGUGACGAUGCAUUUAAAGCACCCAAUGAAGACCUUGUAGAACAAAACCAAUCGGGAAAUGAAAAGAUUGAUGAAAAUUCAGAUCAAAAGUCUGGUUGGACCUUCCGUGCUGACUUAAAGAGAAAUCAUUACGAUAUCCAAUGCCGAAAUCCACUUUAUAGUGGAGCUCAAUUUUCUUGUGCCUGGGAGCUUUCCCCUCUCAUUAAGCAUUAUCACCCUUCCGUGAACCGAUUUGCGCAGUUUGUGCUUGACGGUAAUCCUAUAGAAUAUAAAGGCGACCCACUUCAGGAUUUCACUCUCGCGAGGUUUCUGGACCGUUUCAUGUACAAAAAUCCUAAAAAGAACCCAAAAGAACAUGGAAAUUCUAUAAUGCAGCCAAGAAAGACGUCCGAAAGAUUGAAGGAAUUGCCAGUGAAUUCAAAAGAGUUUAUGGACAAGAAGAUCACAAAAGUUCGCGAAGACGAAAUCUUCUUUUACCAGUAUUUCAAAAAGAAAACUGAAAUCGAAGAUUCUAAGAAAGGGAAAAAGAAAAAGCGAAAGCUUGAUGCAGAAUUAGACAUCGAAGAUGAGAAUGAAGGAGAAGGAGUGGAUCUAGAUUUUGCGGGUGAAAUGCAGAAGACCAAGGAUGCUCAGCCGAAGUCCAAAAAGAGAAAAGCGAGAGGUGAAGAUGAUGAUGAUGAUGAUGAUGAUGAUGACGAUGAAAAUGAGGAUGAUUAUGGCAACAAUGCAGGUGACGAUGUCUCAGAUGAAGGGGACUUUGAUUAUGACAAUAUGCAAUUUUCAGAGGAUGAAGAUUUCGAUGAGGAUGAUUUUGAAAAUGAGACAAAACAGGGUAAAAAGAAGAAAUUUUCCGAUGCAGAUUACGAAAAGGCAUUACUGGAGAACUUGAGUGAUUCAGAUAUCAACGAAGACCCCGACGAAGCAACAUCUACAAGGGAUAGCAAUAUUGGUUCAAUGUUUGCUGCUGCUGAAGAGUUUGCCCACUUGCUGGAAGAUACUGGAACGUCAAAAGGACAGCAAAAGCAAGCCAAAUGGGAAACGAGGAAUGUUGACUGGAAAAAAACAAAGGCCGCCAAAGGCAAAGGUGUACAAGGACAUAAAAAUAGACAAGAAACAAAAAAUAAACCUGGGGGUUUUCAAAGAGGCAAGAAAGAUGCAGGACACUCAUCAAAACAGAAAGGUGGAGGUAGACAGAAAUUUAAUAGGAACCGUAGAAAGUGAGAAAUCUCGUAGAAAUUUCCAUAAAGCAUUGUUACCUAUGCUGGAACUCCAUUUUGUAUUUUUGAAAUUUUAUGCCAUGCAGAGUUAUAAAGACCUUAUUGCUAUUUA